CGGAAGGAGGAGGAACGUCAGUAUUUUGCUUUGUUUUGGUAGAAGAUAUUUUAGUGAUUAGCUAGCUAGCGUUUAUAGGUCGAGAACGAUCAAUAAUUUGCGAAUUAUCUAAAAACAUCACUGAGCGAUGGUCAAACGCUAUUCAUGACAGGUGGGAUUAAACCGACUCCUGAGUCCUGUCUCUUUUCAACAAUAUUUUUUUCCAUAGAGAGGAACUUUGAGAGAAUACAGAAUUGACCCUGAUGUCAUCCCAGUAACUGCGCUUGAGAGACAUGGCGAACUGUGGUGAGGUAGACCACACUGUGGACUCUGUGUCCUCUAAGGUGGAAGAUGGAGGGGACGCCUGUACUGGUGACUCCCCCACCUCCCCUAAACCUUCGGCCAACCCCUUGCCGGAGUGUGCCAUCUGCCUCCAGACCUGUGUCUACCCGGUUUGCCUGCCCUGCUGCCACGUCUUCUGCUUCCUGUGCGUUAAAGGAGCCUCCUGGCACAGCAAGCGCUGUGCUCUCUGCAGACAGGAAGUACCUGAGGACUUCCUGGAGCAUCCCACCCUGCUGUCCCCAGAGGAGCUGAAGGCAGCAGCUGCAGGGGGGCGAGGAGGAGGAGCCGGGCCGAGGAGCGCUGGGGGAGACAAUGCCUGGUACUACGAGGGGAGGAAUGGAUGGUGGCAGUAUGACGAGAGGACCAGCCGUGAGCUGGAGGACGCCUUGGCCAAGGGCAAGAAGCGUGCCGAGAUGCUGAUUGCUGGCUUCCUGUACGUGGCUGACCUGGAGAACAUGGUGCAGUACCGCCGCAACGAGCACGGUCGCCGCCGCCGCAUGAAGCGUGACAUGGUGGACAUUCCCAAAAAGGGUGUAGCCGGACUCAGACUGGACUCUGACCCCGCCCCGCCAGUAGUUGCCAUGGCAGCUGUUCUGGUCACAACAGCGACAGUGGAGCUGUUAAGCUCUGCUGACAGGGAGGAUGUGACUGGACGGACACAGGCGGGUCGCUCAGGGGUUCUCAUCCCAGCUCCUCCUGUCAGACCCCCUACAGUCCUGGGGGCCCACCCUGCCACCCCAGCCUCCAUCUCCCUGGAAGACUCUCUGUCCCAGCUCCUCAUCAGCCAACCAGAGGGGGAAGAAGAGAAGGAGGAUGAAGAGGAGGUAGCUUCAAGCAUGAGCCAGGCGUAUGAGUCAGCAUCUGGUAGCAGUGAGGAGGAUGAUGGUGGUGGUGGAGAUGAGGUAGGCCAGGGGUGGGACAGGGAAAGGGGGGGACGAGAAGUAGGAGUUCGACGGAGGACCAGAUACAGACUCCUACAGCGGUGGCUCAGGGAGGUCCAGCCUGACAGACUGCCACCUGGUGGUGGGUCUUCCAGCGGAGGCCUUACUGUGCGCCCACGCAGCCCUGACGGUCAGUGCAGUGUCACUGAGGUGUGACCACAACUGGACCACUGUCUCUGCACUCAUCCCGGCUCAGCAAAAAAACGCAUUCACUUCAUGCCCAUGGUGGUAGUGAAGAACCAAGGGGAAGAUAGCAGAUCAGCCAUUUCCAUUACAUAUACAGUUCAGUCAGCCACAUAGGCUAAUCAAUAGUUUAUAAUAAUACGUCAGCCAGCAAGUUUAUGCAACAUUGCACACAAUGAAAUAGCCCAUACUGCUCCACUGUCUGCCACUGUAACCAUUUGAGCCCAUGUUAUUAUGGUUAAUCAUGCAUUGGUACUAAAUAUUUGAAGAGAAAUGGUGAAAUGAUAAAGGUUUGAGAUUUGGAGGGGAGUUAACCUUUUAAAUAUGUAGCAUCCCAUCUCUAACCGGAGGCAAAAAGUAAUCUUGUUUUGUAUUACAUUGUUUUUGCUGUAAGAAAUUUAUUUUCUAAUCUGUGUGUGCAUGCUCUUUUGUCUGUGUGUUGAGGUCAUAUUUCAUCUUAAUAUAAAAGUGUGUGCUUGUGUUGUGAGUGAAAGGUGAUGAGAGCCUACUGGUAGAGAGGUCUAUUACUUGUUCUAGUAUUCUAUGGAAACAGUGUGGAUGGGAGAUGAAUUGUGAGUGUUAAUGAGUCUGUUUUGAAGUUUGAACCUAUUAUUUGAACUCUUCUGUCAACAAAAGUAUUUUUGACUUAUUUAAUAUGAUUUAACAUGUGUGUGGUCUCUUUGUUUAACUGUGUUUUCUCAAAAACAAUAAAGUUUUUGACAUUAA